AUUUUUUAUCUUCCAUUUUACCAGUUUCUCAAACAAUUAGGUUUACAUCCUAACUGGCAGUUUGUUGAUGUAUAUGGAAUGGAUCCCGAACUCCUCAGCAUGGUACCAAGACCAGUAUGUGCAGUGUUACUUCUCUUCCCUAUUACAGAAAAGUAUGAAGUAUUCAGAACAGAAGAGGAGGAAAAAAUAAAAUCUCAGGGACAGGAUGUUACAUCAUCAGUAUACUUCAUGAAACAGACAAUCAGCAAUGCCUGUGGGACAAUUGGACUGAUCCAUGCUAUUGCCAACAAUAAAGACAAGAUGCACUUUGAGUCAGGAUCAACCUUGAAAAAGUUCCUUGAAGAAUCUGUGUCAAUGAGCCCUGAAGAACGAGCCAGAUACUUGGAGAACUAUGACGCUAUUCGGGUAACUCAUGAGACCAGUGCCCAUGAAGGUCAGACUGAGUCCUCUUCGCCAUCCUCAUCACAGCCUCAUUCUAGCCACUGCAGAACGAAGGCCUCAUCAUUGUGUCACCAUGCAUCCCUGCCCUGGGUCAAACGUAACCAUGUAGGCCCUGCAAAGGCUACCAGUCCAUCUCUCCGUCUUCGUCGCUGGCGACCCUUCUUACGCCUACCAUCUUUGGGUCUCCAUUCUGUUGCACCAAGUAUAGAUGAAAAAGUAGAUCUUCAUUUUAUUGCGUUAGUUCAUGUAGAUGGGCAUCUCUAUGAAUUAGAUGGGCGCAAGCCAUUUCCAAUUAACCAUGGAGAAACUAGUGAUGACACUUUAUUAGAGGAUGCCAUAGAAGUUUGCAAGAAGUUUAUGGAACGUGACCCUGAUGAAUUAAGAUUCAAUGCGAUUGCUCUUUCUGCAGCAUAGUUUGUCAGUAAUGGGAACAUAAAAUACUGUAUUAUUUGCAACAUAAUGAUUAAAUUUCUGCUGCCAUACACUAAUGCAAAUUUUUUUGAUAUUUUCAUUAAUGUGAUUGAUUAAACUUUAUGUGAAUUAAACUUUGA